GUAGAUUCUUCUCAUCUACUCCCACACAAGGGGAAGAAAAUGGAAAAAUAACGCAAGCAAGCACACUUGAAUCACUUGAUACCUCAUGUUAAAAUAAAGAAGAAAAAAGGAUAAUAAAAAUGGAAGGCCAGAACCCAAUAACCCAAUUAAUCUUUUCAGCUGGUGGUUAAAAAGCUUCCACCUUUGGCCGAGCCCAGAAAGUUUUUUCCUCUGAAUUCUCGGUUUCCUGCUGCAUCUGUUCUUCAGAGAGAUUUUGUUUUGCUAAUUUAGGGCUUGUGGCACUGCCAGUUCUCAUGGUUCAGAAACUGAUUCCUACGGCAAGAGAGUGAACUCUUUCACUUGGCACAGUGAGUUCUCUUUGGGUUCCUUAGUAUCCCUUCUUCACAGUUUCUCAGCUUUUUUCUCUAUGUUCCUUGAAUUGGGUUCUGGCUACUACGAAAAGGAUUAGAAACCAGUAAUUGUUGUUCGAAAGUUACUUCCUUUCCCUUGCCCUAUGGUUUUUUUCAUGGCUGUGAAAGUUUGUAAUUAUCUUCAAGCUUUGCCUGCUGAUUUUGCCUUGUGGUGAUGGUUUCAUGCAAAAUCUCCAAUUGGGUCCUUCACAAAGUUGUAGUUAUUGAUAGAAAAGAUAAAAUUCUUUCUAGUUUGUGCUGUUCUUGUGUGUGACUUGGUGUCAAUACUUGGAUAAAUAGUUGGUGCUCCCUCUAAAAUGGAUCUGUGAUUGCAGUUGAACUUGAACAAACCACAUCACUUAUUUGAUUGAGCGAUGUUUCUGCGAGUGGGGCGUGAUGGGUAUUCGGAUAUGAGCAAUACAAAUCCAUCCUGGAAGUUCCUCUUUUUGUUUUUCAUCUUCACUGUUCUCUUGUGCUUUGGCUCAUGAUGAUGAGCUCUGAGUAGUUAACCAAUUUUCGGUUUGGUUAUAGCUUUGUUGCAAACUCUGAAGCAAAAAGGUUCUGGAUAUGGAUGAUGAUGGUGCUAACUCUGCCUUUGGGAACUUCCCAUCCACCACUAGCACCAUGGAUUUGGAUUUCAUGGAGCAACUCUUUGAUGAAGGAUGUUGGAUGGGGACUCCUGAUGGAUUCACCUUCCCACAACAGCAGUACCCUCCGUCUUCCAACGAUCUAUAUCCCGCGUCGAGAUUCUUCCCCUCCCUUAAUCCCUUCACUGCUCAACAAAAAAUGGAUCAAGAAGCUGACUUUCAUGAUGACUCAACUGCCAAAGGAGGUCAACCUGUUGAAAUGGAUUCCAAAAACGGUUGCAAUGUCGCUUCGAUCACGUAUGUAGCAGGAUACGAGAGCCAUUCUUCGAUCAAAGAUCGAUUGGAGUAUGCUAUAAAGAAGUUGAAAGAGUACACAGAACAUAGAGAUGUCCUCGUGCAGAUAUGGGUGCCCAUAUACCACGGAGGCAAGCAUGUUCUUACCACCGAAGACCAGCCUUACUUCCUUACUCCCAAGUGCCUGAACCUCGUUAGCUAUAGAGAUGUCUCAAAAGGAUAUCACUUUGAAGCUGAGGCGGAUUCAAAGGAGUUCGUCGGGCUACCUGGUCGAGUUUUCUUGGGAAAGUUGCCUGAGUGGACACCAGAUGUUCGGUACUUCAAAACCGAGGAGUAUCCACGAAGGAACUACGCGGCUCAAUUAAGCAUCAGUGGCUCUCUUGCAUUUCCUGUUUUCGAGCGUAGCUGUGGGAGUUGCUUGGGGGUUGUUGAGGUUAUAACAACAACCAGAGAUAUCAAGUAUCGCCCUGAGCUAGAGAAUGUCUGCAAAGCUCUUGAGGCUGUUGAUUUAAGCAGUUCAAACAACUUUGUCCCUCCUACUCCUAGUGUAACGGGCUGCAAGGAGUUCUGUCAAGCAGCAGUUCCCGAACUGCAAGACAUUUUGGCAUCUGUCUGCAGCACUCACAAGCUACCUCUAGCACUAACAUGGACCCCAUGCUUCCGACAAGGCAAAGGUGGAUGUCGCCAUUUCGACGAGAGCUACGCAUGCUACAUAUCCACCGUGGACUCAGCCUGCCAUGUGACAGACACAGAGCUCCACGAGUUCCAUGCUGCUUGCUCUGAGCAGUACCUUUUCCUCGGCCAAGGAAUCGUUGGCAAAGCAUUCACAGUGAACAAACAAUGCUUCGCAAAUGAUGUCACGGCAUUCAGCAAGUCAAUAUAUCCCCUUUCUCACCAGGCCAUGGUGUUUGGCCUAAACGCUGCUGUGGCAAUCCCACUACAGAGUCAAAUUGGCGGUCCAGCCGAUUUCGUGCUGGAGUUCUUCUUGCCAAAGGAUUGCCAAGCGAGAAAAAAGCUUCGAGACUUGCUUCCCCUCACUGUUCAGCAGGCUUCUCGUAGCUUACGAGUUGUGAUGGAGAAAGAGGUAGAGGAAGAGAUGGACCUGCGAGCUUCAGUUCCAGAAGAGUCUUCUUGGAUAAGCCGAUUUAUGGAGGCUCAAGGGGAAGGUGACACUUUCUCUUUCUCAAUGGAAUGUGCAAAGGAAGAACCUCAAGAGGAGUUUAAGGUGAUGAAAUACUGGGAGACCAAUCAGAAGGAGAUGAAUGCUAGGCCCGUCUCUACUGAGCAUCAAUCAUCGAGCAGUAUUAGAAGGACGAGCGAGAAGCGACGAACCAAAACUGAGAAGACUGUUAGCUUGGAAGUGCUAAGGCAGUAUUUUGCUGGUAGCCUUAAAGAUGCUGCCAAGUGUCUUGGUGUGUGCCCCACUACUCUGAAAAGGAUAUGCAGGCAAUAUGGGAUCAACCGAUGGCCUUCUCGUAAGAUCAAGAAGGUUGGCCACACUCUGAAGAAGCUCCAACUUGUAAUCGACUCGGUGCAAGGUGCAGAAGGAUCCAUUAAAAUCGGUUCGUUCUACACUGCUUUCCCUGACUUGACAUCUCCAAAGGAAAACAACUGUUCUCAGCAACCAGAGAGCAGCAUGCUCAACAAUGUAACAGCAGCAGCAAAUGCUUCGAAAUCAGCAUCCACAUCCAGCAGUCAGAGCUCAGGUUGCAGUUCAUGUCAGCAAGAUGCAUUAUCCCUUACUGAAAACCCCAGCAGUUUGCUCAAGAGAACACACAGCGACGCAGAAUUGCUUGUAUUAAACCAUCACGAGGAGCUAACGCAGCACCAUCUGCGCAGAUCACAGAGCCACAGAACGCUCAAUGGCUGUCCUAAACGCGGCUGCAGGAGGUUAAGAGAAGGGAAUGGUUUCCGAGUUAAGGCUUCCUUUGGAGAAGACACGAUCCGAUUCAGCUUGCCAUCCAACUGGGGGUUUGUGGAGUUGCAGCAAGAGCUGUUGUCCCGGUUCAAUGUCGAUACAGCCUGCAGAAUCGACCUCAAGUACUUGGACGACGAUCACGAGUGGGUGCUUCUCACGUGUGAUGCGGAUCUCGAGGAGUGCAAAGAUGUUUGCAUGUCAGAACAGCGUCACACCAUCAAGCUUUCGGUUCAUCGGUCGACGCUAAGAGCUGCGGCAACAAGCUCAAUUUCAACAAUGAAUGAAUAAAUCAGUUCUCUCUCUAGUUGAUAGAAUACAUAGUGUGGAUAUUGUUUCUCCUUGCACGAGUUUGUGUAUGUGAUAGUUCCAGAGAUCUACCCAUCAUGUGGAAAUACAAAGGUGGGAGAUCAUUUUUACUCGGGGAAUGUUUGUAGUUCUGAUAAAACUGCCACUGGGAUCUUGUUUUUAUAGACCACUGGCAAUAAUCCAUAGUAGGAAUGUAUAACAGUAGAACAACCGUUGGUUGUUGCAUCAUCUUAUGUUUACCAGGUUUGUAACAUUAGUAAAAAGCUGGCAUCUUUACAGUAAACAUGUCGAUCUUGAAGCAAAAGAAAAUGAGAAGUGAGAAGCAAGGAAACUUGAGCAGCAUGAGAAGUUGUGUUGUCAUACCUGAUAUGCUCAAGAGCUUAGUUAAUUGGGCUUAAGAGGUCUGUAAAGUGUAAAGAGUAAACCAAAUGUUUCAGAUCUGAACGGGCCGGUGGUUAAAGUGGGCCUCACUUGCUAAUUUAAGAAAGGUCCAGUUAGGUUGAAGAAAGCCGAAAAUCCUAAACACGGGCCGACCAAUAGCGACCACUCGUUCACUUAUCCCAAGGCACCCGGCCAGCUUUUGUAACCAAAGCCAAACUUUUUAUAACCAAACCCACCCAGCUCGAUAAUCUUCAACUAGUUUGGUAAGCUUGUAUUUUGAAAAAUUCUACGAAUUUCUUGCAAAAAUGCUAAAAAGAUGUUACUUUUAUAUGAUUAAUAAUUAUUUUUUUCUUGAAAAGAUUAUUAUGUGAUGUUAUCUACUUUGAAUGCGGAUUUCUUUUUUAGGUCUGCUACAAUAUUUAAUUUUGAUCUCCAAAUUAAAAUUAACAAUGAUAUAGCUAGUCCAAUUUGUGGUUCGCUACAUGUGGGUUUCAAUUUCAAAUAUGUUGACCUUUUGUAGGAGUUGGUGUCCUGCCUCUUUUUUUUCUUGGACUAAUUAAAGCUUGUUUAGUGUGUGAUUAGUAGGUGCAUUUAUUAGUGGUCAUUUCAUCAAAUUGUCAGGUUAUUGGUCCCUAAUCAGUAAUCACCAUGAUAAUUACGUUUGUGGCUGUGAGACAAUAUUGAGCUUGGAAUAAGAAGAAAAAAAAACAUAUCAAUUGAUUGUUGAGAUAUGUGAAUGGAAUGAACAAAAUAAUUUGAAAAAUGAAUUAGACCAAAUGCAUGGUAUUUGUCGAUAUCAUAACAAACGGAUCUUUGUGUCAAUAUCGAGCUUCCUUUAAUGUCCCCCCUACCCCCUUUCAUUCACUUCUUAUAUAGGAGAGCCUCAUUGAAUAAAUAAAAAAUAUAUAGGAGAGUCUCUCUUAAAUUCGAUGCUAUAUUUAGCGGUUACAUGAAUAUUCAUUAAAUUUAUGUGAGUAUACAAUUCGGGUUUGCAGCUCUCAAUCGAUUGAGUAUCGGUUUGUAUUAAUGAUAUAUAAGUUAUCGGAUAUUCUUGGCAAGGAGUAUGUGAACACUCAAGCUAGCAUGUAGUUGUAGUUCAAAUCCGUUUGCAUCUUUUGUCUCUCUCUCUCUCGUGUUUAUACACAGACUGAUGUGGUAUGUACGAAUCAAGGGUAACGAUCAGG